CCAUAGACUUUGUUUGCUUCGAAAGAGACUUGAGGAAAUGCCUGGGUGCAAUUUUUAUCUUUAUGUAUAUGAUAACAAAACGGUUAAAACUGAUAAAAUAAAGUUCUUCACUAAUUUAUACAGAGAUAUCGCCGACAUAAUUGAUCUGAUCAAACCUGAAAUUCAUGCAUCGAUGUUUAUCGGUAUUAUCUGCAGUUUACCAAAAUUGAUUUCUAACGUUUAUCAUAUAUUGUUGGUGAUCGAGAACCGUGAACCUGUAGAAUCUAUCGGAUUCACCGUCAUACAUUUAUGCCAAGUAUGUUUUCUUCUGUUUUCGCCGUGUAUCGUGGUGGAGUUACACUUGAUGGAAGUUGAAAAAAUUCGGACAGUUUUAAUCCACCACCUUAUAUGUGAAACAGAUCCAAAAACAAAAGAAGACUUAGAAAUAUUUCUUACAUACACAAACAUAAGGUCAUUUCAAUGUAAAAUAUGGCGAUGUAUACCGUUAAAUAUUUCGCUACCUAUAGAGAUUGCCAGCGUGUGCUCGUCUACGAUUAUUGUCUUAAUUAACUUCACACAUUUAUUUGGUUAAAUGUAAUAAUAAAAUUUGACGAUUAAUUACGAA